GUCAAACCAUACCUUAUCAAAUAUAUGGACGACAACAAUGAUGACACUGAGAUCACCUACAUGUUCGAAGACUACUCGGUCUUCAAGGGAAAGAUUCGCCAAACCUUCGCCAUUACCAAUGAACAAUAUGCAGUUAUGACCGAAUGGGACGACAAAGCACUUAUAAGGAUGUAUCGACAAGGACUCAAGAACAAUGUCAAACUUGAGCUCAUGCGUAGCGGUGCUACUAUGGAUACUCUGGAUGAACUUAUCAAUGAGUCAAUUCGAGUCGACAGCAAUCUUUAUAAGCUAUCCUUGGAACUGUACCCAGAAUAG